UUGUAAUUUUCGGCACGUGCUGAAACACUUCUUACUUUCUUUUGCCUACGAAAUAUUCGUAUUGUACAUCAUGAAAAUUUUGCAUUUAAAAUUUAUCAUAAUAUUUGGCAUGAGCUUUGCCAUAACAGAACAGCAAAAUUCUACCGACAGAGCACCACCUGGGCGAAGAGAUUCUAAUGUUAUGAAUGCAAUUCAACAAGUCCAACUUCAACUCAAUUCGCUGGAAACCGAGAGUCAGAGACACAGCGCUAAAAUACAGGACAUUCUAAGAGCCACGACGAGGCUAGAAUCUCAGAGGCAAGAGUUUAUAGGUAUUCUAGACAGAUCCGAGUCUCACAUAUCUCAGCGGUUAGAAGACGUCAAAGGAGACGUGAGAAAGAUAACAACUAUACAAGACAUCAUAAGGGAAGAUGUUGACAAGAUACAGCAAAAUCAGUUGUUAACAAAACUUUGGAUGGAAGAACAAGUUCAAAAUAUAGGUCGCAGUUUUAUUUCAAGGUCAGAACCAGCACCAGAUCCCCUAUUCAGUCUUGCAAAUACAGAUAUUUUAACAAAUCUCCAAAUUUUGCAAUCUACUCUACAAGGCCUUAGAAGAAUGGCAGACACAUUGCAAUCAAGUAUAAAUAUUGUGAAAGCAAAUUUGACAGAUUUAUCAAAUGUAACAAGAUCCAUAUCUAAAUAUGAAAAAGAAUCUUUAGUGAACAAAUCCUAUUUACAAUCAUCUUUACUAACACUCGCAGAUGAGAAAGCUGAUCCAUUUCUAACUGGAUGUUUAAGUCCACUAACAGAAGUUUCCCCUGACACAAGGCUUCCCAGAGAUUGUUUCGAAGUGCAGAAAAACCUGAAAAAUGAGACUGGGGUGUAUCGAAUACAGCCAGAUUACGCUAGGAGACCUAUCUUCGUCUUCUGCGACAUGGAAACAGACGGAGGCGGAUGGACAGUUUUCCAGAGACGAAAAGACGGUUCCAUCGAUUUCCUGAGACAGUGGAAAGACUACAAGUACGGAUUUGGAAAUAUUGGUGGAGAGUUUUGGCUCGGAAACGAAAAUCUGUACCUGAUCACACAUCAGGAUCUUUACGAACUGAGAGUUGACCUGGAAGAUUUCGAUGGUGGAAAGGGAUUUGCUCUGUAUGAUGGUUUUGCAGUCGGAAGUGAGAAAGAAAAGUAUAUGCUGAAAUUUGUAGGCCCUUUCAAAGCGGGAGACGCAGGUGACGGCAUGACGUACCACGCAUCGAUUCCUUUUUCAACUAUCGAUAUAGAUCAUGACUUUUGGGAAGGAGGCCACUGUGCCAAAGAUCACACAGGUGGUUGGUGGUACAAUCAGUGCGAAGCUAGCAACUUGAAUGGUAAAUACCUGAACGGUCUCAAUCCCCAUGAAUAUCAGGGGGUCUACUGGCAUGAAUGGCAUGGCCCAAGCUAUUCCUUGAUGUCUACCAAGAUGAUGAUCAGACCGAAAUUUAGGGAAGUAGCCAAGCCUACGUUCGAAGUCCAAGAGAUGCAUCCACAUAAUGAGAAUUCAAAGGAAUAAUUUUUAGUCAUUUGGCGCUAGAAAUUAUUCCCAAAGCAGACAAAGAAUAACUUACUUUCCUUUAUAGAGCAAAUAAUUCAUACAUUUAAGUUAAAAUGAGUUGUAAUCUAUUAGUCAAUAUCCCGUCAUAUCGCCAAAGGAUGCUUAGUUGCCAAUGUCAUAACGCAAAAUUGCAUUAGCGAUUUGGCAUCCAUUGAAGCGAUACCAAUCGUAUUUAAUCUUUCAUACGCGGCAUAUGCAGUUAGAACGACGUUAUGUUUGUUUGAUUUAAUAAAAAAGAUAAUAAAGUAAUUAAUUUUUAAAUACAUCUCUAAUGAAAGUUGAUAGAUAUUUUAUUAUGGUUGAAGACAGACUUGAAAGAAUUAAGCAUGUAAAUUUUACUGCCAGUGAAAAUGAUUAGAAAGGAAUUUUUUUUGAAAUUUUUUUUGCUUUACAACAUUUUAAA